AUGAAUUACGACUCUCACGAAACUUUGGCUCCGCCCGCUUCUUCGUGAUCCCAUCGUCUGCUUCCUCGACCGGUUAACCAGCAAAUUUGCAUUGAUCAAACGUUUCAAAUUUGUCAUCAAAUCUGUGUAUUCUCGCGAGCACGUCUUCGAGAUGAUGCACCCAGAUUCAGUCGUGCUGGAAGUGCGACAACAGCCCAUCAAGGCUCAGGUUGUGCCAGAAAGCAGCACCAAGCCGCGCAAGCCGAUUGAUCCGCCUCCCGUCAUCGAGCUCAAGUACGACGGACGGAAUGAUUCCUACAACAAGGAAUGGCUUGUAAGCCCUCGUGCGUUUAUGAAGGUUGAGCUAUAUCAGGUGAACGAGGAUCGAUCUGUUCCUGCUCUUGUUGGGCAGUUGACAUCGUCCCUUUUCAAAUUGAAGGAGCGCAGCUCCGCCGACAAAGAGGGUGGAUAUUUCAUUUUCGGAGACAUUUCGGUCCAGAAAACCGGCACAUACAAACUACGGUUCCAUCUCAUUGAUACUGCACCAAGUUCGAGCAGUAAUUCCGACGAUGGCGGCUGCGCUGAGCUCCUGGCGUCCAUUGACUCGAGUCCAUUCGAAGUCCAAAAUUCCAAAGAAUUCGGAAGCAUGAGCGAAUCAACGGACUUAACGAAAUCAUUCGCCGACCAAGGAGUGAAGCUUCGCGUGAGGAAACACGAUCCUCGUACCUCAUCUGGCCGGAAACGUGGCCCUCCAUCCCCCGACGAGUCGCCAAACAGACACUCGAUGUACAACGACACAAUUUGCGGAGAGAAUGCCUCUCACACUUCUGGCUCUUAUCCGUCAACCGCUAAACGGCUACGUGCUGAAAGCGAUUACUCAGGCAACUACUAUGUGCCAGGAGCCGAUAGUCCACAAUACCAAAGUGCCACCGGCCGAAGCAGUGCCUCACCGUGGGUGGCUGGCGGCAUCGGUUAUCAUAGUCGCGGCCAUAGCUAUAGCCAACAAGCGGCACCAGCUCUGAGCUACGCGAGUGUGCGCGGCCACAUGUCGAACAGCUCAGUCUGGCAGCAACCAUCAAUGCACAGUGCUCUACCGUCUCCUGCCAGCAGCACCACAGUUGGCCACCAUCAAGCCUCUCCAACGUAUCGCACUGGAGGAGCGAUCACAUCAGCAGGGCUGUCGAAUCAAACUGGCAACUCACAGUCCACUUUUGGCGAUUCCACCCUCAAUCAAAUGCCACUCAGCAGCAGUCGCAAUGCAUAUCAAACCAGUGGCAAUUCUAACACGACGGGUGCACAUGCACCAUACAUGGCAUCGAACUCGCAAUACUCCACCGGGGUCGUCCCUGGAACCUUUACGGAUAUGCACCUACCUGUCACGUCGCUGAGCGAUGCGUCUUCUCUCGUGGCACCGGAUCCAGCUUAUGCCCAAGGGCCUUACCACCUUGGAAAUGAAGUGUCCGAAGAAUCCGCAGCCUAUACGUCCUACAAUUACAUGUGAAGAUGACGAAUUAACGAUAAAAAUCACGAGGUGGACGAUUGUGUCGUCGGGACACUCUGACGAUCUCCCAUCCGUGGAUGUUAUGCAUUUCACGAUUAACUUUUCUCUGACUUUAAAAUUCCUUUGCAGCGAUUGCCAUUGAGUUUGCUCCUGCUUCGCCUUGUUAUCACGCGAUUGAAACAACGUGCGGUCUUCCGCGCAAUUUUAUUCUCAUGGCUGGAGUUGGAUUUGUCCAUUCGAUUGCGCUGUAUAUACAAGCUUCCACUUUCGAUUCUUACGACUUGUGUUUUUAAAGAUAAAAUAAGAUUGUCACCACAUGGACCAAAUG